AUCUUCAGUUUUACAAUAAUGAACAUUGGAUAGUGCUUAAUUCUCACAGACCACAUUAAUUCUAUUGUCAAAACAAAUAAUGCGACCUAACCUAAAAUUAUUACUGAAUACUAGUUGCGGUGUAUUGUUUUUAAUCUUUUAUUGUGAAUAUCUUAUUUUCUACGCGGUGCAAAGCAGUUGUGGCUGGCCGAUUCUAGAUCCCCAAACACAAGACGAAUCUAUAGAGCCUUCCAAUGAAGAACCUGUUAGAGUUAUGGUUAUUACAGAUACACAUCUUUUGGGAUCAAGACACGGACAUUGGUUUGAUAAGUUGCGAAGGGAAUGGCAAAUGUACAGAGCUUUCCAAAGUGCCAUGACAUUACACAAACCUGAUUUAGUUUUCGUAUUAGGCGACCUUACUGACGAAGGAUUGUAUUGCAGUAGUACAGAAUUUGAUAAUUACGUAAAAAGGUUCCAUAGUUUAUUUUCUGUGCCCGAAGGAACCAAAAUGUAUGUAGCUGUCGGAAAUCAUGACAUUGGCUUCCAUUAUGGAGUGAGUCCAUAUUUGAAUCAAAGGUUCGUGAAUGCGUUUGAUGCUCCAGCUGUAAGACUGAUUAGUGUUAGAGGAAAUCAUUUCGUUUUAGUGAAUAGUAUGGCUUUGGAAGGAGAUGGGUGUUUUUUAUGUAAACCAGCUGAACAACAACUAACAAGAAUUGAAAAAAUUUUGAAAUGUACCAGAGGAACCUAUACAGAAAAAUGUACGCCUAAUAUGAAGUUAGAAAAAUAUAGUAAACCAAUAUUAAUGCAGCAUUACCCUUUAUAUAGACAGUCUGAUAUUGAAUGCAAUGAUUUCGAUGCAGCUCCGUUUCCUAUAAAACAGGAAAGAUUUCGGGAACGUUGGGAAUGUUUAAGUCAAGAAGCUACGUUUCAAAUACUUAAUCAAGUGAAACCUAGAUUGGCAUUAUCCGGCCAUACACAUCAUGGUUGUACUAGAGCAUUACCUGUAGGAGAAGGCCUUGAAAUAACUAUACCUAGCUUCAGUUGGAGGAAUAAAGAUAAUCCAAAUUAUUUAUUGGCUACUUUUACCCCUAAUAACUACGCUUACAUCAAAUGUGAGCUUCCUAGAGAAUCAACAGUAAUCAAUUUGUACCUGUUUGGUGGUACCAUCCUAAUUAUUUGGUUGUUGUACUCGUUGAAGUACAGAAGUAGACUGUUACAAUUUUCCACACAUGGCCGAAGUCAGAAAAUUAUUUAAUAUACAAAAAAUAGACUUUAUACAUUAUACAUGUAAAAUAUGGUAGGAUGUAACAUCAUUUACUAGACUAGCCAAACUAACAAUUUUUUCCAUGCAGCUUUCAUUAUUUUUUAUGUUAGGAAAGCCUGUUGUACCUCAAACAUCGUUUUACCUCGAACAUACCUUUAAAACUCAAUUUUCGCCUUAUUUUUAAUUCAAAUGUGCAAUUGUUUGUCAUGUGUCCUACAUAGGAACUAAUUCCGUACAAUGCAAUGUCCCUCAUAGCAUCGAAGAGAAAUUCUGUCUCUAAUCUAAACUAUAUAUAUACAAUAAGAAAAAAAAAGAAAAAAACAAAAUAUUUGAGGUACAAUAGGUUCUUCCACACCCCAAAUUAUACUCCAUGCUAUAUAUUUUGGUUAAUUGAUGUGUGUUUUAAUUUAUUGUAUAAAGGCAAUAUCUGAUUCAUUUUACAAGGUAAAUAAAAAUUUAAUAGAAAAAUUUUGGAUUACCUCCUCAAAAUAAUUCAUUUAUUUCAAAUGUUAUCUCAAAAAAUCUUUUAUUGCCUUAUUCAUAUACUGUGUAAAGGGUUGUAGUAUAUAUCAAAACGAAAAAUUUUUCAAAAAAGCAACAGAAUUUAUUAUUCCAAUGUGUUGUAAUGCCUCAUUUUGGAUAAGAUCGAGGGUUUGGUGAUUAUUUUUCGAAUUCAUUUUAAUAUAAAAGACAAAAAUUUAAGACUUGUACAAAAUUUUUGAAAUAUGCAAAAUGCUGUGAAUUAGAUACAAAUAUCUGACUUACUACAAUAGUAUUAAUCUAGAAUAAUGAAAACGUAAAAAAGUCAUGGAUAUAUCUAGAUUUGUGUCUGUAUACGAGGUAUUUCCAGAAAGUAAGUUUCAUUCUUGAAAAAAAAGAAGGUACACUUUCUCUAACAUAUUUAUUUGUAUUUUAACAUAUUUACCAACAUAUUUGAUACACUUGUCGAGUCGUGGGAUUAAAUUUGUCGGUUCUGAAUAGAACCAAAGUGUGACAGGUUUACCGAAACCAUCGCCGAAGGACAGGAAUUUAUUGAGGUGCAUGAAAAACAUUGGGAAACUUACUUGUGUACCUGGUAUAUAAAAAUUGUGCGAACUACAGCAUUUUUCCUGAUAUUUAUGGAUAAUAAAUGCUCAGAUUUUAUUACAUAUUAAAUAAUAUAUUCAUAGUAAUAGUUUUUAACACUUUAACGAUUCACCUAUUCGAGUGAAAUUUUUUUUGUGGACCAAUUUUUCGGAAAUAGUAAAAAAAGUGUUAUAUAUAAGACAUGACACAUGUUACUCCCUUUAUUGUUCCUUUUAAUUACAUAAAUAGCUAAAAAAGUGUCCAAAUAAGGGAAAAAACAACUAUAUGGGAUACAAUAGACUCCACAUAAACGAACUUAUCUAUGCGGACUACCUAUUAAUUCUCUAAUGCAAAGUAAGAGCUACAAAACCGAAUAGAGAAGUGGAGUAAUGAAUCGAAACAAUACGGACCGCAGAUAAACGUAUAAAAAAACAGAAAUAAUUAUUAAAAUAUAAGAACAGGACAAGAAGAAUGUCAAUAAACUAAAUUAUCGAGGGAUAAUUGUAAAACUACAUGGAAGAUAUGACGAAGAGGACAAUAUGGUACUAUACAUAUAUGGUAUACAUAUAUAUAUGGUACAUAGUAAUCCCUGAAUCUAGUUUGUAUUCAUUCCUUGAUGGAUGUUGAAAAGUUUUCAUUGUAGUCUAUCAGAUUCCCAAGGUACUUGAGGGUUGCUACUCCCUUAAAAGUUCUAUUUUCUAUAGAAAGGUCUAUUGUGUUGGACCUUGUAAAAAGAGUACGUGGCAGACCUAGAAGGAAAUUUCAAAUUGAAAUAACAAAUAACCUUGUAAAAAGAGUUCUGGAGACAGUCUAAACAGGAAGCAAUGUAUAGAAUCAAAUGGAAAAGGUGCACAACCGAGAAAUAUUAAUUGUCAGUACACUGGUAUUCAAAUCCAACAAGACCUCAGAGAAACGCAAGGAAUGACUGUGACUGUGAGUGGCUGGAGAGUCAGAAGAAGACUUAAGGCAGCUAACCUUGAGACAAAACGGCCAGCUAUCGAACCCUAAAAAUAACCCCAGUCUACCGAACAACCCCUCUACGAUUUGCCAUGUAAUUGGACUGACAAACAAGGGGGCUCCGUUCUUUUCUCAGAAGAAACCAUUGUAGCGAAAAAAGAGGAAGAGUCUAUAGAAGACCUGUAGAAAGAUACGGGGAUUGUUGCAUGAAAGAAAACGUGGCUUUUGGAAGAGGUUACUGGAUGGAUGGUUUUGGCGGGAAUUUCAAUGAAAACAAAGAACCCUUUUUCAUUGCUUAAAAUUCCUUUUCGUUUGAUAUUUUUUGUUUACCAACACCUUGAAAUGCUAAAAUCAGAGAGGGAACUAAAGCUACAGAUUUUUUGUUAGAGAUUCAUGAGCGCAAGCGUGCCACUUGGGUCGAUUUUUUGUUCAGGUUUAUAUAAAAUUAAAUUUCUGGCAUUUUUUUUAUCAAGAUAUAAAGAAAAGUCCAAAUUUUUAGAAUGGCGGGUGUACGCUGACAUUGGAUGCAAAAAUAGGCGUAUAGGUCCUCUAUAGUCGUUGAAGUGUUAAAUUAAUGAAUCGAUUCCAUUAAAUGUGCCAAUAAAUAUACAUGUAACGAUAUUAUAAUUAAUAAACUGUAUUCU